CGAGGCGAGGCAAGGAACCUCCCUAUUCCUUUCCGCUCGCUAUAUACGCGACCCCCGGUCGAACGAACGUUUCUCUCUCUCUCUCUCCCGCCGGCGGCGCCGCCUCCUUUUUUAACACGCACACAGACCUACGCGUCGUAUAUACUAACGCACUCAGGCACACACACACACACACACACAUACGCCGGCACAGCGGCAAGAGCGAGCGCUUCGCCGCAGACACGUAUACGCCGCCAAACCGUCGCUGCCCGUUCGUUUCUCUCUCCCGACGACGACGACGACUGCGACGAGCGAGAGCCACACACGAGAGAUUAGUGCUAGUAGUGCCGCCGCAGAGGAGACUGCUGUGUUUUGUUGUUUUCUAUCUCCGAGGGAGAGAGAGUUCGUUUUUAGAGCUUCGAGAGUUUGUCGCUGGCCACGACACAGACCGAUUGCUGAGCAAUGGCGUCAGGAGUAACUGUGGCGGAUAUUUGCAAGACGACUUACGAGGAGAUAAAGAAAGAUAAGAAACACCGAUAUGUAAUCUUCUACAUCAAAGACGAAAAGCAGAUCGACGUCGAGGUGAUUGGACCGCGCGACGCCACCUACGACGCUUUCCUCGAGGAUCUGCAAAAGGGCGGCAGCGGCGAGUGCCGCUAUGGCCUCUUCGACUUUGAGUAUACUCAUCAAUGCCAGGGAACUUCUGAGGCUUCCAAGAAACAAAAGUUGUUCCUGAUGUCGUGGUGUCCCGACACAGCCAAGGUCAAGAAGAAGAUGUUGUACUCCAGUUCUUUCGAUGCCCUGAAGAAGUCCCUCGUCGGUGUGCAAAAGUACAUCCAGGCGACGGACCUUUCGGAGGCCUCCGAGGAAGCCGUCGAAGAGAAACUCCGAGCCACCGACAGGAACUAAGCGACGACAAAAGCAACAAACAAACAAGCAAACAAAAUAUACAACCAAUCUGAUAAAUAUAAUCAUUAAAGAUUUCAAAGGGGCUACAAUGCACAAAUUCCCCUUCCUCAAACAAAAACAUAAAAAAAAGUUCUGUACCGUUUAUAAAUGGGAGUUCGUGUUUUUACAUGUUUUUCACUUUGGAAAACGUUUAUUACAAUAUACAAAGGGAGGGAGUAUUCUACGUCGUACGUUAUGGACAAAAAAAGUAACGCAGUCACACACUUUGUCAUGCUGCCGCCACUACAUCGUGUGGAAAAAAGCAAAUAAAAAAGAAAACCUGGUUUAAUCAAUAUCGCUAAACUAAUGUAACAAUAAGAUUUAUAUAAGGAAAAACUAUUGUAAUAACAGCGUACGGAUAUACCACAAACUGUCAAGAUGUAGGAGAGCGAAACAAUUGAAUUUUUUUGUCACAGGCUGUAUAAUGUUUAAAUUAAAUCCAUUUCAUAAUAAUGUCUUGACGCGUUUGGGACUCGGUCUCGGUGCGAUUUCCUCGUCAUAACCGCUCAAAGUAACUGCUAAGCCUGAACCUACCAGGUACUUGAAGUGCAUGCGUAAUUGAACAUAACUGAGGUAAAAAAGUAUGUAGACGGCUUUUAUGAUUUAAAUAUUAAUAAUGAAAUCUUACCUUCCUAA